AUGAUACGUGAAAAAGUUAUUCUAUGUGUCACUGCGUUAUUGGUCGGAGAUAGCAAAAAGUACUAUCCCCGUUACAUGAGAGUUUCUCUCCCAAAUUGGCAAGGCUGGCUCUCCUUCAUCAAGUUUGAGCUUCGCUAUAAUGAGGUCGAGCGUGCUAGAGCGAUUUUCGAGCGUUUCGUGCAAUGUCAUCCGAAAGUUGGUGCUUGGAUUCGGUAUGCCAAGUUUGAGAUGAAGAAUGGUGACGUUGCGAGGGCAAGAAAUGUAUAUGAGAGAGCAGUGGAGAUCAUGGGCAAUGAUGAGGAGGCCGAGCAGUUAUUUGUGGCCUUCGCUGAAUUUGAGGAGCGGUGCAAAGAAACUGAUAGAGCAAGGCGUGUUUAUAAAUUUGCACUUGAUCAUAUACCCAAACAAAGGGUUGAGGAUUUGUAUAAAAAGUUUGUGGGUUUGGAGAAGCAAUAUGGAGAUAGACAAGGCAUUGAGGAUGCGAUUGUGGGAAAGAGGAGAUUUCAAUAUCAAGACGGGGUUAGGAAGAAUCCUCUUAAUUACGAUUCCUGGUUUGAUUAUAUAAGGCUAGAAGAGAGUGCAGGAAAUAAGGACAGAAUUAGAGAAGUCUAUGAGAGAGCUAUUGCUAAUGUUCCUCCUGUGCCGGAGAAGCGGUAUUGGCAGCGCUACAUUUACUUGUGGAUCAAUUAUGCACUAUAUGAGGAGCUUGAUGCUGGAGACAUGGAACGUGCACGAAAUGUAUAUAGGGAAUGCCUUCAAGUGAUUCCUCACAAGAAGUUUUCAUUUGCAAAAAUAUGGCUUCUCGCUGCCGGUUUUGAGAUACGACAGCUGAAUCUCGAGGGUGCACGCAAGAUCCAUGGUACUGCAAUAGGCAAGUCACCUAAAGAUAAGAUAUUUAAGAAGUAUAUUGAGAUUGAGCUGAACCUUGGGAAUUUUGAUCGAUGUCGGAAAUUGUAUGAAAAGUAUCUGCAUUGGUCCCCAGAAAAUUGCUAUGCGUGGACCAAGUAUGCAGAGUUAGAGAAAUCUUUGUGUGAGACAGAACGGACUAGGGCGGUUUUUGAACUUGCCAUCGCCCAACCAGCACUUGACAUGCCUGAAUUGUUGUGGAAGGCAUACAUUGGCUUUGAACUAUCAGAGGGUGAAUUUGAGAGAACUAGAGAACUUUACGAGAGACUCCUAGACCGAACAAAACAUCUAAAGGUGUGGAUCAGUUAUGCGAAAUUUGAGGCAUCUGCUAUAGUGGGAGCAAUGUGUUCAGAAGACCAGGAUCAGGAUUAUCUUCGCGAACAAACGAAGCAAUGUGUUCAGCGUGUUCGAAGAAUAUUUGAGAAAGCUUUUAACUAUUUUAGAACUUCAGCACCUGAGUUGAAGGAAGAACGAUGUAUCUUGCUUGAAGAAAUGUUGAAUGUGGAGGCUAGCUUUGGAGAUCUCUGUGAUGUUAGCUUAGUCCAGUCUAAGCUUCCUAAGAAACUUAAGAAGCGGAGGCCAAUAGUAACCGAAGAUGGCCCUGCUGGAUAUGAGGAAUACAUUGAUUACAGCUUUCCAGAAGAAGCACAUACCCAAAACCUCAAGAUAUUGGAAGCUGCCUACAUGUGGAAAAAGUGAAAGGUUUCUUCCGACGAUGAUUAGGAACUUUUUGCUCUUUACUGUUUUAUAUUCUAAGAUUCAAACAAAUUCCUUUUAAUCAUUGUCUUCCCCUUCCCCUGGUUAAGGAAUGAU